UUAUGAGUUAGAGUUGACGUCAAGACCAACAAACGAAAGAAAUGAGUGAAAACGGGCAAGAAGACUGACAAACAAUUGAUAUUUGAUAUACUACACCCACUGAAAGAGUGACUUAAGCCCGGCCCACGCGUCGAGGGCAACAUCUCGGGUGAGGACCCCAAGAUGCAAUUCAGUGCGGAUUUCGAUCCGUCCGCCGGAGGCUCGGCCAGCCGGCCCUUGAAGAAUCCGGGGGUGACUUUCUUCCAUUUGGCCUUCCGCUCGUUGGCCUUGUUCACCUACAUGUUUGGCCAGUACUUUUCGUCCUCGUUCAUCGGGAUCUUUGUGUUCGUGGUGUUGUUGCUCUCACUGGAUUUCUGGACCGUCAAAAAUGUGACUGGACGCAUCUUGGUGGGCUUGCGUUGGUGGAACUACAUCGACGAUGACGGUCAAUCCCGUUGGAUGUUUGAGGCUCGCAAUGGUGACUCCCAGUUCUAUCUGUCCAAGACGGAAAUUAGCAUCUUCUGGAGCGCCCUAAUUGCCGCCCCCGUGUUGUGGGUGAUCUUCUUACUGUUCGCCUUCUUCCGCUUCAAUUUCCAAUGGUUGAUCCUGGUGAUCAUUGGUCUCUGCUUGAGCCUCUCCAACCUCUUGGGAUACUUGCGUUGUCGCAUGGGCCGCACCGACAAUGUGGCAUCGACCAUGUCCGGCAUGGCUAAUGCGUACAUGCGCAAUCAGGUCGUGGGCAACAUCACGGGGCUGUUCUCCGGUAGCAGUCGACCCGCUGGGGCCCCAACCGCCAAUAUGGGGGCGGAUCCACACAACAUCAUAUGAACGCGGCUGAUCUUCGUGGGAGAGGCGUGGCGGAGAGUCUUCGUCUGUGAUAAGAGGUUUUACUUGUGUUGAGCGUUGGUCUUUGUGGGUAGGUGUGUAUUUAUGUGUUUGAUCAUGUUUUACCUCACUAGCUCUCAAUUAAAUGACAAGUGGAAAGUU